AUGGGAACUAAUGUUAAUGCCACAAGUGGCAAUGACAACUCCCACGCUAGUAAAUAUGAGUAUUUGUUUGGCAAAGCUCAAAGGGAGCUUUAUCCUGGUUGUGAGAACUUUUCUGUUUUAAGCUUUAUUGUAGAGUUGAUGCAUAUUAAGUGUCUCUCUCUUAUGAGUAACAAGCAUUUUGACAUGCUACUCAAUUUGUUAAAAAGAUCUCAUCCAAAAGAAGCAUCUAUUCCAUCAACGAAUAAUGAUGCAAAAAAGAUGCUACGAGAGUUGGGGUUAGGGUACGAAUCAAUUCAUGCUUGCAAGAAUGACAGUGCAUUAUUCUGGAAGACUAAUGAGAAACUUGAUAAAUGUCCCGAGUGGCAUAUUGCAAAAGACAUGAAUUGGCACAAAGAGAGAAGGGUUAAUGAAGAGGGGGUUCUUAGGCAUCCAGCUGAUUCAGAUGAGUGGAAAGAGUUUGAUAAACAAUAUCCUUUGUUUGCCCAAGACUCGAGAAAUGUUAGGUUAGGCCUUGCUACAGAUGGUUUUAAUCUGUUUGCAAAUAUGAGUAAACCUUAUAGUAUGUGGCCAGUUAUUCUUGUGUGUUACAAUCUUCCACCUUGGAAAUGCAUGAAGGCAGUGUUCUCCAUGUUGACUUUACUUAUUUCUGGACCUAAUGCACCUAGGAAGGAGAUUGAUGUGUAUUUUCAUCCACUAGUGGAUGAGUUAAAAGAAUUGUGGGUGGAUGUUAUUCAAACUUUUGAUGCAUCUACAAAGGAAAUUUUUCGUAUGCAUGCAUGUGUUUUAUGGACCAUUAAUGACUUUCCUGCCUACGGCAAUUUGUCUAGUUGGAGCACAAAAGGCUACUUGGCAUGCCCGAUUUGCAAUAAAGAUAUAACAUCACAGAUGAUAACAAAUAAAAUAUCUUACAUAGGCCAUAGAAGAUUUCUACCUUGUGGUCAUGCUUGGAGAGAAAUGAGUAUUGAAUAUAAUGGUCAUACUGAACAUAGGCUUCCUCCUAAAGUUCUCUCUGGUGCUGAAAUAUUGCAACAAUUAGAUAAAGUCAGAAGCUUUAGUCCUGGAAAAUAUGAGAAUAAUAGAGAAAGGGAUCGACCACGAGCGGCUGAAGAGUUGAAUUGGACAAAGAAGAGUAUUUUCUUCGAGUUAGAGUAUUGGUCGAAGCUAAGGUUGAGACAUAAUAUUGAUGUUAUGCAUGUUGAAAAAAAUAUAUGUGAUAGUGUAAUAAGGACAUUGUUGAAUAUUGAGGGCAAAACAAAAGACACAGAUAAUGUUCGUCGCGACUUGGAAGCUAUGAACAUUAGGUCAAAUCAGCAUUUGAGACUUGAAAGCGGAAAAAUGAGAAAACCACAUGCUAGAUAUCGUCUUCUCCCAGUUGGUAUUCGUCCCUUUUUGGAUACAGAAGCGUGCAAUGCUCUGAUUGAAUUAUCUAUUUUCUUCCAGAAUAUUUGUGCUAGAACGCUAAGAGUGUCAGACUUAGAGCGUAUGGAGAAGGAGAUUGUCAUAACUUUAUGCAAACUUGAGAUGAUUUUUCCUCCUGCCUUCUUUGAUAUAAUGGUUCACCUGGUUAUCCAUUUACCUCGUGAAGCCAACCUUGGCGGUCCUGUUAACAAUCGAUGGAUGUAUUCGAUUGAAAGGCUCUUAGGUAAACUGAAAAAAUAUGUUAAAAACAAAGCUCGUCCCAAAGGUUCACUAAUAGAAGGAUAUAUUGUAAAUGGAUCAAUGACGUUUUGCUCAUUGUAUUUACGUGGGGUUGAAACACGCUUCAAUCCAAAUGAGCGAAAUGAUGACGGCAUAAAUGAUCGAAAUGUGGGUAGUUUGUUAGUAUUCUCCCAAAAAGCACGUCCAUUUGGAGUUAGAAAGUUUAUAUUGUUGCCUAAAAAUGAAAUUGAUAAAGCUCAUUGGUUUGUGCUCCAGAAUUGUGAUGAGGUUCAACCAUAUCUUAUUGAACAUAUGGAUGAAUUAAAGCUAAAAAGAAAUGAAAUUUUAUGUCAAAGGCAGGAACAAGAGUUUCCUAAAUGGUUUGAAAUUCGGAUAUAUGGCUUGAGAGAAAUGGGAUCAUCGGAAGCCACUGAUGAUCUACAUUAUUUGUCAUGCAAGCCUGAUGUCCGCGUGCAUACAUACACUGGGUGUAUUGUUAAUGGAGUUCACUUUCAGAAAAAAGGUCGUGACAAUAAUCGUACCACACAAAAUAGUGGAAUUUUUGUCUCUGGGGAACAUAGUGAUUGUAGUCAUGAUUACUAUGGUGUUUUAGAAAGUGAUGAUCCUUAUAUACUUGUUGAACAAGCACAACAAGUGUUUUACAUCGACGAUUACAAGUUAGGUUCUAGCUGGAAAGUCGUGCAAAGAGUGCAAUGCAGACAUAUAUGGGAUGUUCCAGAAAAUGAUGCAACUGAAGAGGUAGAUGAAGAUAUCGAAACAACUACUGAUAAUAAUGUUUACCAAAAGGAUGAGUUCAAUGAAGUUCGAUGGUCAGUUCAAGAAGAUCAAGAAAAUCUCUUAUCAAGUGAUGAUGAGAUGGAUGAAGAUUCUGAAGAUGAGCCUACUGUUUAUGCUGUAGAAAGUGAUCCAACUUAUAGGAUGAAUUCAAGACAUGAUGACGAGGAUUUUGAAGAAGAUAAUCCAUUGGAUGAUGGUGAAGAUGAAGAAAUUCUUGAAAGUGACGAUAGUGAUGGCAGUGACUACUAA